UCUUAUCACUUUCAACUCUUUCUAGAUCUCUUCCAUUCCACACGACUCUCUCUCUAUUAAACCUUUACCUCUCUAAUAGCUAAGAAAUUUAUUCAAACAACACUACAUUCCUAUAAUCUUUCAUGGCUUCCAACAACAACAACAACAACAUUAAAAUCCAUGAACACUUCAAAGUUGUUCCUCCACCAUCAUCAACCCAAACAUCAACAACACCUCUCACUUUCUUUGACAUAUUUUGGCUAAGGUUUCAUCCGGUAGAAAGAAUCUUCUACUACACCCUCCCAAAUUCACAAUCACACCCUUCUUUUUUCUACCAAAAUAUUGUUCCAAAACUCAAAACCUCACUUUCUUUAACCCUCCAACACUUUCUACCUUUAGCCGGUAAAAUCAUUUGGCCUUCUGAUUCUCCCAAACCAUUCAUCCAAUUCAAUCCUAAUGAUGAUGAUGGUGUUUCCUUACUCAUUGCAGAGUCUGAUUUAGAUUUUAACCAUGUGAUUGAAAACUCACCCCAUGAAACUUCUUUGUCGAAUUCUUUUGUACCUCACUUAGAAUCAACAGAUUCUUUUGCUUCUGUUAUCUCAUUUCAAAUAACCCUUUUUCCAAAAAGUGGUUUUUCCAUUGGAAUAAGCACACAUCAUGCUGUUCUUGAUGGAAAAUCUUCAACUAUGUUCCUCAAAGCUUGGGCUUAUAUAUGCAACAAAAUCAUUGAAACCGAAGAAUCGCCAAUUUUGUUGCCAAAGUUAGAACCUUCAUUCGACAGGGAAAUCAAAGAUCAAAAUGGACUCGGUGAUACAUUCGCAAGUAACUGGAUUGAGAUCAUGGCAAAAAUGUUCCCAGAUGAAAAAGGAAACGAACGAUGCUUGAAGAUUUUUCCUUUUCAACCAAAACUAGAUGACUAUGUUCGUGCUACGUUCGAGCUCACACGAGAAGAUUUGAGUAAGAUAAAGCAAAUGGUGUAACUGUUAUCCAAAUGGGAAAUAUUUGAUACAAAUGACUCAAAGCCCCAAACACUGUCAUCUUUUGUUCUCACUUGUGCUUAUUCGCUCGUUUGUCUUGCAAAAGCGAUUCAUGGAGUUGAAAAGGAGAAAGAAAAAUUUGCUUUUGGGUUCACCGUUGAUUGUAGAGCAAGGUUAGAGCCACCAAUAACAAAUAACUAUUUUGGAAAUUGUGUAUGGGGACACUUAAUUGAUACAAAACCAUGUGAUUUCAUAAAAGAAGAUGGAGUUUUUUUAGUUGCUAAGAGCAUUCAUGAGAAAAUAGUGAUGAUAAACGAAAAGGGUGCUCUUGAAGGAACUAAUGGUGCUUUUGAUAAAUAUACUUCUAUGACAAGUAAAGGAAUUGAAAUUAUAGGAGUGGCGGGGUCUAAUAGAUUUGGUGUUUAUGAGAUUGAUUUUGGUUGGGGAAGGCCGGAAAAGGUGGAGAUAGUAUCAGUUGAUAGAGGUUUAACCAUUGGUUUGGCUGAGAGCAAAAAUGGCAAAGGUGGAAUUGAAGUUGGGUUGGUUCUUAAUAGACAUGCCAUGGAUCUCUUUACCACUUUGUUUCUUGAAGGUUUGCAUUAAUUGAUUGAAGAACAAGUGCAACAUGCCCGAAGAAUUUUUGAGGUAGGAAAUUAACUUCUAGCGGUCGAAGGGAUCUUGACCAAGUUGCUGGGCAGAUGGAGGUUGCAGCUUGAUUAUUGGAAAACGAUGGUGCAUUAUAGUGUUCUCUAGGAUUUACUAUUUCUGAGAUAGCAUUGAUGAAUAGAGCAGCUUGCUCAGUGUUUGACAUCUUGUAAUUUCUUUAUUUGAGCAUAUCCCUUAUUCUUGUCCUAAAUUUUGGAUGGCCAAGUUUUCAUUCAAAUUCUGAGAGUAGCUUUAUUAUUAUCUUGUUUUCAAACAUGUGGAAAUUGAAGGGAACAUCUGUUUAAACCAAA